AUGCGUUCGGUUAAACACCGGCGGUUUUCUAACCCGCCCGGUUUUGCCCAAAAUCCCUCGAUUCGACCGGUUUUUGGAAACACGGCUCUGGACCCAUGGAUUGUAUCCCGAGCGAGGCGAGGAACCCAUCUUUCUCCCUCUAGCUUUCGCGACAACGGUGGCGCCGGCGGCGAUUCGAACGGAAGGGACGGCUUCCUCCGCCCCGGCGCGCUCGCGCAGCUCCGCGACUCCAAGAUCGUCGCCCGCUCCCUCCGCUCCGCCACGCGGGUCCUCCCGCCCUCCUCGCCCCCGCCCAGCUGUCCCCCGCGGAGGGGCGCCAUGCCCCGGUACCCGCUCCGGAAGAAGCCGCCGCGGCCAGGGGCGACCCCGCCGCCCAUGUCGACCGGCGCCGCGGAGGCGUUUCUCGGCGCGUUUGCGCUGGCCCCGUCGGAGCUCCUCGCUGCGCACGAUUGA